AUGGCUUCCAUCGCCGACGAGAUCGAGUACAAGCUCGAUACCGUCGAGACGCAGUCCGUUGCCGCCAAUGACAUUGACAAGACGUUCCGCACGACAUGCAUUGACCUCAUCUCCAGUGCCCUCGGUGGCAAAGUCCUCGGCUUCUCAGACCAAUGGUUCUGCGAAGCCACCAACCUCUUGAACCCAAAGGCCCCCAUCCGGCAGCAGGGCAAGAUGGUCUUCACAGGCGCCUGGUACGACGGCUGGGAGACCCGGAGACACAACUCGGAGCCUUUCGACUACGUCGUUAUCAGACUGGGCGUCGCCUCGGGCACCAUUGAGGGUAUCGAGGUCGACACGGCCUUCUUCAACGGCAACCACGCCCCCGCCAUCUCGGUCGAGGGAUGCUUCAGCCAGGACGACGACGAAGUUGCGUCGUGGAAGGGCGGCCGGGGCAAGUGGGAGACCAUCCUCGGCGUGCAAGAGUGCGGUCCCUCGGAGCGGUUCGGCUGGAAGCUCAAGACGCCCACGCAGAAGCAGUACACUCACGUGAGGCUCAACAUGUACCCCGACGGCGGCAUUGCGCGGUUCCGACUCUUCGGCCACGCUGUCCCCGUCUUCCCCGAUGACAAGGACGCCAUCUUCGACCUCGCGGCGGCUCAGAACGGCGGUCUCGCCGUGUCGUGCAGCGACCAGCACUUUGGCAACAAGGACAACCUGCUGCUGCCCGGCCGCGGUAAGGACAUGGGCGACGGCUGGGAGACGGCUCGAUCGCGGGCCAAGGGCCACACCGACUUCGCCAUCAUCAAGCUCGGAGCUCCGGGCUACAUCGAGAGGUUCGUAGUAGACACGGCGCACUUCAGGGGCAACUACCCUCAGAAGGUGGCGAUCGAGGGCUGCGAGUGGACGGGCCACGGAGACCCGGUGGCCGACGCCGUAGCUUGGCGGGAGUUUGUGCCUCCGAGCAAGACGGGGCCGGAUCAGGAGCACGAGUUCGCGAGCGCCGACAAGGAGAAGGACCGUCUGGUCACCCAUGUUAAGCUUAUCAUGAUCCCCGACGGCGGAGUGAAGCGAUUGCGCGCAUUUGGCAAGCGAGCUGUCUAG